AUGGGCACCAUCAAGCUGUCCAUUCCUCCAUUUCAAGGUAAAAAUGACCCUAAUGUUUAUAUUGAAUGGGAGAGGAAAGUUGAGUUGGUAUUCGAUUGUCACAAUUACUCGGAGGAGAAGAAAGUGAAGCUUGCUGCGAUGGCUUUUACCGACUAUGCCAUUAUAUGGUGGGAUCAGCUGACCCUGAGUAGACGUCGAAACCGUGAGCUUCCCAUCGACAAUUGGGAGGAUAUGAAAGUAGUUAUGAGAAGAAGAUUUGUACCAUCUCACUAUUAUCGGGACUUACAUUUGAAAUCGCAAAGUCUGAAGCAGGGGUCCAUGACUGUGGAAGACUACCACAAGGAGAUGGAGAUAGCCUUGAUUCAGGCUAACAUUGAGGAGGACCGAGAGGCGACUAUGGCUCGGUUCAUUUGUGGCCUGAACCGUGAGAUUGCCAAUAUUGUUGAGCUGCAUCACUACGUGGAGCUUGACGAUGUGGUGCACAUGGCAAUGAAAGUUGAAAGACAACUCAAGAAAGGAGUGCGAUCAUCUUCCAAAUAUGAGGCCGCGAGAUCAGGUCAUAUUGCUUCUCAAUGCCCAAACAAGCGAUCAAUUAUCAUAUUGGAUAAUGGGGAGAUCGAAACUGAAGAGGAAGAUGAAGGAAAUGAGUUCACUCCAUCAGUUGAAGAUACUAGUGAUGUUGAGCUUGUUGUUGAUGGCCAAGCUCUUGUUGUGCUAAGAGCUCUCCAUAUGCAAGCCAAAGAAGAUGAUGAUAGGCUGCAAAGGGAGAACAUCUUCUACACCCGCUGCCAUGUGAAAGAUCAGGUAUGCGGUUUGAUUAUUGAUGGUGGCAGCUGUGUUAAUGUGGCAAGCAAGUUAAUGGUGGACAAGCUUGGUCUACCUACCUUGAAGCAUCCAAAGCCAUAUAAACUCCAAUGGCUCAAUGACAGUGGAGAAAUGAAGGUAACCAAGCAGGUCCUUAUUUCAUUUAUGAUUGGAAGGCACACGGAUGAGGUUCUGUGUGAUGUUGUACCCAUGCAAGCUAGCCAUUUGCUUCUUGGAAGACCGUGGAAAUUUGACAGACGGACCACACAUGAUGGGUAUAAGAACCGCUACAGCUUCAGCAAGGAUGGUAGGAACAUUACACUUGCACCUUUGACACCUCGUCAAGAUUUUAAGGAUGUCUUUUCCGAGGAUACGCCACCUGGGUUACCACCCAAAAGAGGAAUCGAGCAUCAAAUUGAUCUCAUUCCGGGAGCUUCCAUUCCAAACCGACCAGCUUAUCGAAGUAGUCCAGAAGAGACCAAAGAGCUUCAAAGGAAAGUCGAAGAACUUAUGACCAAAGGACAUGUUCGUGAAAGCAUGAGUCCCUGUGAUGUGCCAGUGUUGCUGGUUCUAAAGAAAGACGGGACUUGGAGGAUGUGCGUGGAUUGUCGAGCUGUAAACAAGAUAACGAUAAAGUAUCGUCACCCUAUUCCUCGCUUAGAUGACAUGCUUGAUGAAUUACAUGGAUCUACUAUAUUUUCUAAGAUUGAUUUGAAGAGUGGCAAGAGUUUGCAUGACCAUAUUGAUAAUUUGAAAUGUGUGCUUGAAGCUUUGAGGCGUGAAAAAUUAUUUGAUAACCUUAAGAAAUGCAACUUUUGCGUAGAUAGGGUUGUUUUCCUUGGAUUUGUUGUUAGUUCCAGAGGCGUGGAAGUUGAUGAGGAGAAGGUGAAAGCUAUCAGGGAAUGGCCUACCCCUAGCACCAUCACUGAAGUAAGGAGUUUUCAUGGUUUAGCCGGGUUCUAUAGGAGGUUUGUGCCAAAUUUCAGCACCAUCGCUGCCCCUUUAACAGAAAUCAUCAAGAAGAAUAUUGGAUUUAAGUGGGGAGAGGCACAAGAGAAAGCCUUCAACGCAUUAAAGAAAAGCUAA